AUGUAUGAGUCUUGGCACCUUCAAGUAGAAUCUAAGUACCGCAUAGAGAAUCACAGGUACAACUAUAAUGUAGCCGUAAAGCAAGUUAAUCGAAAAGAGCAACAACUGGAAAUAGUUUGCAUCCGGGUUGUAUUUGUGCUUGAUCCACUCUCCAAUGAGAUCGGCGAGAGUAUUGCUGAAAAACAGCAAGAAGAUGAUGGUGCCAGUGAUCCAGAUUGCACCGUAGAGAUCUCCAACAGAGUCAAUCUCAUCAUCCGUAAGUCUCACUAUGGGAUUUAUCGAAUACAGACAGUUGUGGAAAAACUCUGCGGUCGUUAG